AUGGUGAAAUCGAAAAAGGUGUGGCCUGAAACUCCUUCAGUAAUGAGAUUGAAGCUAAACUUAUUGAUUGAUCAACUUGAGCAGCUGCCUGGAGAAUUACUGCAAAGUUGUGAGAAUAGUAACUUCAUGGUGCAGAUAAAAUGGAAAGGGAGCAGAAAAAUAGCUGGUUUUCUGCUGAAAAGAUCGGUGAGAAAUUGCUCGUCGAAACAACAGAUACAAGCUAGUGGUGUUGUUUGCUGGAAUGAAACAUUUGAUCACAUCUGCAAACUUCGGAAGGCCGAUGACACUCAGAGUUACAAAAGUUGGACCAUCAAUUUGGAAAUUCAGGAAUUUAGUUGUAGUAAUUCAAGAAAUACGGCGAGGAUUCUUGGGAGAGGAACUGUGGAUGUUGUUGAAUUUCUCAAUCAAGAAAAUGAAAGAAGUAUUAGAAUUCCGAUCAACUGCGGCAACAGAGGUCAUGCUAUAUUAACAAUUAAGUUGCACUUUGUCGAGCUCAAUGCAAUAGGAAGCACACAAUUAACAUUGUCGAGAGUGCUAAGUUUAGGUCCUUUAUCACACACAAGGCAUACAACUAAUUAUCAGGGGAAACUUUCAGAUUGCCAAUUAGAUUCAUCGGCAAGUAACAAAGGAGCUGGUUUUCAGAAAUCAAAUGAUAAGAUCAAAAGGUCACAUUCUCUACUCAGAUUACUUUCACUAAGGCCAAAAUUGAGCUUCAAAAAUUUUACACGAGAUUGUGAGAAUUCAAAACUGUCAGACAUGCCAGACAAUAAACAAACUGAAGAGAUUGGAAGCUGGGAAGAAAGGAGAGUGGUAAGUAGAGAUGGAAAGUUCGAGCUCAUUACCGAAAUAUUUUUCGCAUCGAUUGAUCAGCGUGAUGAGAAAGCAGCAGGUGGAAAUGCUUGCACAGUUCUUGCUGCUGUCAUAGCAGACUGGCUACAUAAGAACCCGAAGAAUAUGCCACAUCGUCGGCAGUUUGACAGCUUAGUGCAUGAAGGAUCAUCAGAAUGGCGAAAACUUUGUGCAGUCACAGAUAAAAACAACGAGUUCUCUGACCAGCAUUUUGAUCUGGAGACUGUGAUAGAAGCAAAAAUAAGAAAUUUGUCUGUGAUGACAGACAUGUCCUACAUUGGAUUUUUUAGCUCAGAAGACAUGAUUGAAAGAUUUGGCUUCUUAGAAGGAGCAAUGACAUUUGAUAAUGUAUGGAAUGAGCUUUUGCAUGCUGAUAAUGCAGGUGAAGGAAGAGUAUAUAUUACUGGUUGGAAUGACCAUUUUUUUGUACUGAAAGUGGAAAAGGAUGCAAUUUACAUGAUUGAUACACUUGGGGAGAGAUUAUUUGAAGGUUGUAAACAAGCAUAUAUCAUGAAGUUUCAUGAAGGGAGUAUGAUAUGUAAGAGAGAAACAGAAGAUGGUUGUCAGACAGAGAAGAUUGAGAAUGAUAGUGAAGAACAGGAGAAGGAUUACCAUUGUAAAGGGAUGGGAUGCUGUAGGGAGUAUAUCAAGGAAUUUCUUGCAGGUCUUCCACUGAGAGAAUUAUUGGAACAUGAUUUACAAAGAGGAUUGGUUGAGAAAGCAUUGCAUCAAAGACUGCAAAUAGAAUUCCAUUAUACAGUUCCCUUGUGA